CUCAUCCACAAACACCCCCAUUGUAUUAAAUGGUUAGGCCCUAAUUUGGUUUAUUUUGGUAGACAAGGGCAAACGGUCUAAUUUUAGUUGUUUUUGGGACGAAAUGGCAAGGUUUUUGAGAGCUGAUGUUAGGAGUCUCCUCACCACACAGCUAAGGAUGGCAUCUGACCAGCUGGGUGAGUUGGGCAAAGGUGCAGGGAAAGGAGGUGGUGGCGGAGGAUCUGUCAGAGAGGCAGGAGGAGCCCUCGGAAAGAAACAGGCAGCAGAGGAGGAAAUGUACUUCCGGCGUAAAGAGCAAGAACAGUUGGCUGCACUAAAGCAGCAUCACCAAGAGGAGAUUGACCACCACAAGAAGGAGAUAUCGAGGCUGCAGAGUGAGAUUGACCGUCACAAGGGAAAAAUUAGGAAACUGAAGCAUGAUGACUGAGACUCACUCCAUUAGAAUAAAGGCCAGGGAUUCUCUAUUGCCAAAUCCUAGUCAUCACCUGCACUGUCUCUGGGCAGCUCUGUGUACAUGUGAUUGAUUGUUCUGUAUAUGCUUGAGCUUAUUAAACAUUUAUUUGAAAUGAUUA